GUGCCCCUUUCAAACCGUCCUGACUGUAAACUGUUUCCCCGCAGAGACUACGCUCCCCGGCCCGAGUACGAGCGGAGCAGGAGCCGGGGCCGGAGCCGACCCGGCAGCCGUAGUCCGGACCGGAGUCGCGCCAGGAGUCUGGGACGGGCCAAGAGCCGGGGCCGGAGCAUGAGUCGCAGUCCGGAUCGGAGUCGGGCCAAGAGCAGGGGCAGGAGCCGGAGCCGGAGUCCGAGUCCGGAUCGGAGUCGGGCUAAAAGUCUUGGAAGGGCAAAGAGCCGGGGCCGGAGCACGAGUCGCAGUCCGGACAGGAGCCGGGGGAAAAGCCGUGGCCGGAGCCGGAGCGAGAGUCACAGUCCGGACCGGAGCAGGGCCAAGAGCCGGGGCCGGAGCAUGAGUCGCCCCCGGUCCAAGUCCAGAACCAGGGGGCAGAGCCACGGUCGCAGUAAGAGCCGGCCGCGGAGCCGCAGCUCCAGCAGCAGCUCCAGUUCCGGGAAGUCAGGCAAAGAGUUCAGAGAGCUGGACUCAGCGCGGCGUCUCAAAGAACUGCAGGAGAUGCUGAGCCAGCCCACCAAAUCCAUCCUGAAGAGACGCCAAGACUCCGAGGACUCGCCGUCUCUGAGGACCUCGGACUCCCCCCGAGGGUCCCACAUGUCCCAAGUGGCUGACCAGCUGCUUCAGGCGGUUAAAGGCAUGGAGCCUCACCUGGUGGCCUCGGUGCUGUCAGAGCUGCAGUCCGACCCGCAGAUGGCUCAGCGCAUUGGACUCGACGCAGAGAUUAAAGAGAUCCUCCACAUGCUGGGGGGGCCGACGGGGGCCCAGGACAGGACGGAGGACAUCGACGACGAGGAGAAGUUCCUGUACGGAGACGCUGAAGACCCCAAACUCCCGUCUGAGACGGUCCGUCCCCAGGGUCUGGACCUGUACGGAGAUGUGACGGAGGACGCGCUGUACGACGACUACCCCCCCUUGCAGGAACCCGUCCUCCCUCAGACGUUUGGCCUCCCACCAGGGCCUCACCUUCACGCCCCCCGUGCCAUGGGGCAGGUGGACGAGAGGUACCGGGCCUCCGUCAGCCCGGACCAGAACCUGACAGGGCCGGAGCCACCGGGGCCAGGAGAGCGUCAGGCGCUUGAUGAGUACGAGAAGAUCCAGGACCUGCUGAAAACCAUCGGAAUGGACCUGGGCGUGACUGAGAUCAGCAAGAUGGCAGCCAGGACCAAAGAGCGCCUCCACGGAAACAAGCCACCCCCGAAGACACCGACCCGCAGGCAGCGGUCGUCCUCCGGCAGCUCGGAGGGGGGCCGGGCUCGCAGGAGGCGGGGCCACAGCGGCAGCAGGAGGCGGAGCCACAGCAGGAGGCGGAGCCACAGCUCCAGCAGCAGCGGGGAAAGCUGGAGCAGCGAUGACGGACGCAGCAAACGAUCAAUUCCCGCUAAAUCCCACAAACACAGCAAAGAGUCGAGCGCCGAGAAGACGGCCGCCGCCGCGCCACCGAACAUAGAGCCGCCAUUAAAAAACCCAGAACGCUCCCCCGCCUCACCCCGGGCCGCCCUCCUACCCCCCCGCAACAGGUCCAUGGUCUAUUAUGCCCCCCGAAACUCCCCCGCCCCAGGGUUCGGACAGUACGGGCAACUACCUGCCUACAUGCUGGGCAGGUGGCCCCCCAUGUAGCCCGCCCCCCAACAUGGCGAUACCCGAACACCAGCCCGAAGAGUUUCCCCCCCUCCUUGGCCGUACCCGAACCCCUACAGGCACCCCCCGGACCACCAGGGGGCCCCAAGGAGUUGUGUCUCCCUCAGGUGUCGAUGGGAGGUGAGCA